CCCCCGGCGCGGCGGCGGCGCUAGCGAGCGGCCGGCCGGGCGCGGGUUGCUGGGUACGCUGCUCCGGCGGGGCCCGCUUGCACAGCUGCCUCGUGCGAGCUGCCCGCCCGGCGGGUGAAGCUGCGAGCGCUCCGAGUGCCGGGCCCGGGGCCGCCAGCGCUGCCCUCCAGCCGCCGCCCUCCGUGCCUCCUUCGGGCGGCCCCGCCCCCGUUCCCAUCCCCCUCGCGCUCACCUCCUGGCUGUGCAGCGCGCGAGGCGGAGCAAGUUGCCCGCCGCCGCCGCCGCCGCCGCCGCGCUAGGCGAGAGCCUGCACCCGCGCCGCCGCUGACAGGAGGACCGCCGAGGGCUGCGCUAGCCGCCGGGAGGCCCCGCCGCGCCUUUCCCGGACGCAGACCCACAGCGGGCGUCGGAGCGCAGCGAGGUGCUCUGGGAUCGCGGGCGGCGCCGGCGGGCGGCGCGGUCCUCACAGGAGACCCCGGGGACUCGGGCUUGACCCCGAGGUGCAGCGAACCCCCCUCAGAGCGGCAGUUUUGUGAAUACUAGAAUAGCACAACCAUGUUUCGGAAUAGUCUCAAGAUGCUUCUUACUGGAGGGAAAUCAAGUCGUAAGAACAGAUCAAGUGAUGGAGGGAACGAGGAAGCACCGGAUCGAAGACAGUCAAGUGUAGACUCUCGCCAAAGCCGCUCUGGGCAAGGUGGCAUCUCCACAGAAAGCGACUGUGCUUUUGAGCCAGACUACGCCGUCCCACCACUUCCAGUGAGUGAAGGUAUGCAGCACAUUCGGAUUAUGGAGGGCAUGUCUCGCUCUCUUCCAUCCUCCCCCUUACUCACACAUCAGUCUAUCAGUGUUCGGCUCCAACCUGUGAAGAAGUUAACUGCCCCUCUGAGGAAGGCAAAGUUUGUUGAGAGCCCACGAAUUCCAGAAUCCGAGCUUGGCUCACCAACCCUCACUUCAGCUCAGAAACUGGACGUGGAUGCAUACUGCCCUGGUGAUGCUGAACAAGAACUUGGUCCCCCUCCAUCUGUAGAUGAGGCAGCAAACACACUCAUGACUCGUCUGGGUUUCCUCCUUGGAGAGAAAGUCACGGAAGUUCAGCCAGGUGACCAGUACAACAUGGAAGUACAGGAUGAAAAUCAGACCUCAGCAAUCACCCAGAGGAUAAGUCCCUGUUCCACCUUGACUAGCAGCACUGCCUCUCCACCAGCCAGUAGCCCCUGCUCCACUCUCCCGCAAGUCAGUACAAAUGCAACUGCCAAGGAUGGCAGCUAUGGGGCUGUCACUAGUCCAACCUCCACCCUUGAAAGCAGAGAUAGCGGUAUCAUUGCUACCUUGACAAGCUAUUCUGAAAACAUGGAACGCACAAAAUACGUUGGGGAAAGCAGUAAAGAAUUAGGAUCUGGAGGAAACGUAAAGCCUUGGCAGUCUCAAAAAUCCAGCAUGGAUUCCUGUUUAUAUCGAGUAGAUGAAAACAUGACGGCUUCCACCUAUAGUCUGAAUAAGAUCCCAGAGAGGAAUUUGGAAACAGUUUUAUCACAGUCAGUACAGUCUAUUCCUCUUUAUCUUAUGCCACGGCCAAAUUCAGUAGCAGCCACAAGCUCCACCCACUUGGAGGACCUCGCUUACCUGGAUGAGCAGAGACAUACACCUUUGAGAACUUCUCUUCGAAUGCCAAGACAGAGCAUGGCCGGUGCUCGCACACAGCAGGAUUUAAGAGUUCGCUUUGCACCUUACAGGCCUCCAGAUAUCUCCCUGAAGCCGCUGCUCUUUGAAGUGCCCAGCAUCACUACAGAGUCAGUGUUUGUUGGCCGGGAUUGGGUUUUCCAUGAAAUAGAUGCUCAACUUCAAAGUUCAAAUGCCAGCGUGAACCAAGGAGUAGUGAUCGUGGGAAACAUUGGGUUCGGCAAAACCGCCAUUGUCUCCAGACUGGUGGCCCUCAGCUGCCAUGGAACACGGAUGAGACAGAUUGCCUCAGACAGCCCACAUGCCUCCCCCAAACAUGUGGAUGCCAACAGAGAGCUGCCACUCACACAGCCACCUUCAGCCCACUCAUCCAUCACCAGUGGAAGCUGCCCAGGAACUCCAGAAAUGCGGAGGCGGCAGGAGGAGGCCAUGCGAAGACUAGCCUCGCAGGUGGUUGCCUAUCACUAUUGCCAAGCAGAUAAUGCCUACACCUGCCUGGUGCCGGAAUUCGUCCACAAUGUUGCUGCCCUGCUCUGCCGCUCACCGCAGCUGGCGGCCUAUCGGGAGCAGCUUCUCCGGGAGCCUCACCUACAGAGCAUGCUGAGCCUUCGGUCCUGUGUUCAAGAUCCCAUGGCCUCCUUCCGGAGGGGAGUGCUGGAGCCCCUGGAGAAUCUCCACAAAGAGAGAAAAAUCCCAGAUGAAGAUUUCAUCAUCUUAAUUGAUGGAUUAAAUGAAGCAGAAUUUCACAAACCGGAUUAUGGGGAUACAAUUGUAUCAUUUCUGAGUAAAAUGAUUGGAAAAUUUCCUUCCUGGCUCAAACUAAUUGUAACAGUUAGGACCAGUUUACAGGAAAUUACCAAGCUGCUGCCUUUCCAUAGGAUUUUUUUGGAUCGACUAGAAGAGAAUGAAGCCAUAGACCAGGACCUGCAGGCUUACAUCCUGCACCGGAUACACAGCAGCUCAGAGAUCCAGAAUAACAUUUCACUUAAUGGCAAAAUGGACAAUACUACAUUUGGCAAACUCAGUUCUCAUCUCAAGACACUCAGUCAAGGGUCCUAUCUAUACCUGAAACUCACAUUUGACCUCAUAGAGAAAGGCUAUCUAGUGUUAAAGAGCUCUAGCUACAAAGUAGUUCCUGUUUCGCUCUCUGAGGUUUACUUACUCCAGUGCAAUAUGAAGUUCCCAACCCAGUCUUCCUUUGACCGGGUGAUGCCUCUCCUGAAUGUGGCAGUGGCCUCUCUCCACCCACUGACUGAUGAACAUAUCUUCCAAGCCAUCAAUGCUGGCAGCAUUGAAGGCACGCUAGAAUGGGAGGAUUUUCAGCAGAGAAUGGAGAACCUCUCCAUGUUCCUAAUCAAGCGCAGAGACAUGACUCGUAUGUUUGUACAUCCUUCUUUUCGAGAAUGGCUUAUCUGGAGAGAAGAAGGAGAGAAAACCAAAUUUCUCUGUGAUCCCAGGAGUGGUCACACGUUACUUGCCUUCUGGUUUUCCCGCCAAGAGGGAAAACUAAACCGACAGCAGACAAUUGAACUGGGACAUCACAUCCUCAAAGCACACAUUUUUAAGGGUUUGAGUAAAAAAGUUGGAGUAUCAUCCUCCAUCCUCCAAGGUCUCUGGAUCUCCUAUAGCACAGAGGGUCUUUCCAUGGCAUUGGCAUCUUUACGAAAUCUCUAUACUCCAAAUAUAAAGGUCAGCCGACUGCUGAUUUUGGGAGGUGCCAACAUUAAUUACCGGACAGAGGUUUUAAAUAAUGCUCCAAUUCUAUGCGUCCAGUGUCAUCUUGGUUACACAGAAAUGGUGGCCCUACUGUUGGAGUUUGGGGCCAAUGUGGAUGCCUCCUCAGAAAGCGGCCUGACUCCUCUGGGCUAUGCUGCAGCCGCAGGCUUCCUAAGCAUUGUCGUGUUGCUGUGCAAGAAACGGGCCAAGGUGGAUCACUUGGAUAAGAAUGGGCAGUGUGCCUUGGUCCAUGCUGCACUCCGAGGUCAUCUGGAGGUUGUCAAGUUUUUGAUUCAGUGUGACUGGACAAUGGCAGGCCAGCAGCAAGGGGUGUUUAAGAAGAGCCACGCCAUCCAGCAGGCCCUCAUCGCUGCAGCUAGCAUGGGUUAUACUGAGAUUGUCUCCUACCUACUUGAUCUUCCAGAAAAAGAUGAGGAGGAGGUGGAGCGAGCACAGAUCAACAGCUUUGACAGUCUCUGGGGAGAGACAGCCCUGACAGCUGCAGCCGGAAGGGGCAAACUGGAGGUGUGUCGUCUACUCCUGGAACAGGGGGCAGCAGUGGCCCAGCCAAACCGCCGAGGGGCAGUGCCCUUAUUCAGCACCGUUCGCCAAGGCCACUGGCAGAUUGUUGAUCUUUUACUCACCCAUGGAGCUGAUGUCAACAUGGCAGACAAGCAAGGCCGUACUCCCCUGAUGAUGGCAGCUUCCGAAGGCCACCUGGGAACUGUGGACUUUCUCCUUGCUCAAGGUGCCUCCAUCGCACUAAUGGACAAAGAAGGAUUGACAGCCCUCAGCUGGGCUUGUUUGAAGGGUCAUCUCUCAGUAGUACGUUCUCUGGUGGAUAAUGGAGCUGCCACAGACCAUGCUGACAAGAAUGGCCGCACCCCACUGGAUCUGGCGGCUUUCUAUGGUGAUGCUGAGGUGGUCCAGUUCCUGGUGGAUCACGGGGCCAUGAUCGAGCAUGUUGACUACAGCGGAAUGCGCCCUUUGGACAGGGCCGUGGGGUGCCGGAACACUUCUGUUGUUGUCACUCUUCUGAAGAAAGGAGCCAAGAUAGGUCCAGCCACAUGGGCGAUGGCCACCUCCAAACCAGACAUCAUGAUCAUCCUGCUGAGCAAGCUGAUGGAAGAGGGAGACAUGUUUUAUAAGAAAGGAAAAGUAAAGGAAGCUGCCCAGCGCUACCAGUACGCUCUGAAGAAAUUCCCUAGAGAAGGGUUUGGUGAGGACUUGAAAACCUUCCGGGAGCUAAAAGUGUCUCUCCUCCUCAACCUCUCUCGAUGUCGCAGGAAAAUGAACGAUUUUGGAAUGGCGGAGGAAUUUGCUACUAAGGCCCUGGAGCUGAAACCGAAAUCUUAUGAAGCUUACUAUGCAAGAGCAAGGGCAAAACGCAGCAGCAGGAACUUUAGAAAGAGUGUGAUGCCCCUUUGCCUUUGCAUUCGUAUCCAGUGUUAUCCAAAUAGCCCCAGUGCAUUCUUGUGCCAUGGUCUCCUCCCCUGGACCGCCAGCUCCCUGCAGCCAUCCGGUCUAGAAUGUUCAUUUAGAUUAUCGCUGGUCUUCCUAUGGGGGUAAAGGAUCAAGGAGAAAGAGAAGAAAUAAGAAAGCACCGAUACAGUUAUUUGACGGUCACUACAUGGAUUUCCCAAGAGGCAUUUUAGGAACAUUGAGAAAACCAGCUGUUUAAAUAUUUCAGUCAGCCGAGGAAAUUGGAUGAGAAUCAUGCAUACUUUUAAAUAAUUCACUGAGUUAUUCUUUACGUUUUUAGCCAAAUUAACCAUUAAAAGCUACCCAUUUUCCAUGGGUGGGGGAGAGAAUAAAUACAUAGAGAAAGACUGUUCUGGAUUCUCAGUGAAGGGCUGUAGAAAAUCUGUCUUGGAGAAAUCUACUUUUUGGGUCCUGAUACGUCGCUGAGCAUCGUAUCCCUCAAAAAGCAUACUCUUCCCUGAGGUUGACUGGUGUAGUAAUCCUGUUAAGUUGGAUCUUUGCCUAGAGCCAGAUUUUGUUCUACUGGCCCUCUUUUUUUUUUUUUUUUUUAACCCAGAUGUUAUAGUGAAGAAUUGGUUUUUGGGGAAGGAAGUUGAAUUCUCUGGGGACGGUAAGACUUAUUCCCAGAGCUUGCACCCAGGGCCAUUGCAUUCCAUGGCAAAUGUUGUCCAUUUCAAGAUCUAUUGUUUCAUUAUCUAUUAUUACAGGAAUUGUUUACUCUUUUCUUUUUCUAGGUAGGAGUGUUUGGGGAUUGAUAUUUAAAAGCCAGGCACAGCAAAGUGUUACAGGGUGAAGAAAGACCCCUUUCAGCCCUGGGUAGGAGCACAUAAGGUAGACAGCAAGUCUUCUGAUCCAGUCACCCUCCAGACAUCUCCUGUGUCUGGUGGUCCUUUGCUAACCGGUCCUUUGAGUGACUGAGGCCAGCAUGAGAUGGACGGCAAGAACACUGAAAUCAAAGCCUUAGCACAGGCCUGGUAGCGACUGCACAUCAGCUCUUAAAAUUAACAAACUAAACAAAAGAGAAUUCGGUCACUGUUACCAGGAAUCAUUCUGCUCUUGUUAGUAAAGGGCUACAGGAAGGGAGGUUUCCUGAAUAAAAAUCCAGAUGUGACCAGACCUGUCUGUAAUAGUAAGUGUCCUCUGAAAGAACCGUUAAGACAUGGGGAGCAUGAAGCUGAAAUCAGAAACACUUCUUUACUAACUUAGAUUCUGCCAAAUAGAUGAACCCCUGCACCCCCAAGCCUGGAACAGGCCAGGAUGUGUGUCCUGUGCUAGAAGUAAACAGCAAGGCUAACCCAAGACCCAGCCUCUGUCCACUCUCUCUGAUGCUUAAGGACUGUCUCCCACUCACCUAGCCCAGGGUGGACAUCAGUGUCUCUUCUCUCUCUCUCAUCAAGAAGGUGAAAUGUACAGCUAUAGCAUCAGCCUACAGCCAGGAGCCCAGCAGCCUCUCAGCUUUUUUUGUCCAGGUCUCAGCCGUGUUGGGCUCUUUGCAUCUUACCUUUUUAAACUACUACUCACUGAGGAGCUGCUGCUACAUUUUGAAAAUUUCUCAGUGUUUAUUAGAAAAGUGCCCCUUGUUUAUUUGGAACACCACACAUACCACCUGCACUCACCUGAGUGGGCGAGCAGGUGCUGUAGUUUUACAAAUACACCACUGAUGCCACUUCUCCCGAGCGUGUCUCUUAGAAUUUUCUAGGACAGACAGAUUUAGGGUCCAUGCCUUACUGGCCAAAACACUAAACUGUCAACAGUCAAGAUGCAAUUCUUUUUUAGCCAUUGUAAGAGGGAGUGAAUAUCACUACUGGGCGCCGGUUGUUUUUGACUAAAAAUUGCCAACUGGACCUUAUUGGAGCAGGAGACAAAGUUUUUCCUUGUAAGCAGACUGCCUGUGCCGUUUUGCUACUUGACUGCCACAGGAUGAUCUCAGUGCUGUACCUUAGAGGUGCCUCCUCCCCAAGCAGCACUUGCUGAAUCAAUGUCUGGCUUCAGGUGGGGGGGAAGUUUUUCACAUGAAACCGGUAAGUUCCACUCAGCCGAUUCACAUCACCCUGAAAUGGAGAUGGUGGUGACAGACUUCAGCUUACAGGUUUCUCACCAAAUCCUACCUUCCGUUCACCCAGAAUUCUUGCACUAAUGGGUUUCCAUCACAUCAUGUCUUUAAAUGGGUGCACUUUAUUGUUUGUAACUCUGAUAAAUACUGGAUAUUUAAGUGUGAGUAAUGUCUUCAUUAGAAAAUAGCAAAACCGCCCUUGUCUUUUAGUGUAUUUUUCAAGGGGAAAAAAAAAAAAAAAGGAAAGAAAGCAAGCAGUGGAUCACAACAUUUAUAGCACAAGAAAUAACUGUUGUAUAUAAGCAUCAAAAAGAUUAAGAGUUUUUAAAUACAAAAAAGUAUUUGCAGUGAUUUUAAAGUGCUUUUCCAGCAAUUUUCUUAGGGACUCCUGAGACAUGGUUACUUUAUUUACUGGAUCAGUAAGGCACACAAUUAACAAUUAAAAAUUAAUGUUUAUUUACAAAGUAAAGGGAAAACCUGUGUAACAUGAGAAUUUGGCAUGGACAAAAUGGAGACCAUUUUGUAUCUGCUGUUGUAUCUUGUCCGGGUUGCAGACGUGCGCUAUUAAAAGUCCCAAGUUAAUAGAGCACAAACCCUUCUUGUUCCUCCCCCAUGUGCCCUUCUUUCUAGAUGUGUUUAACUUAAACUCGAAGGCUCAGGAAAAUUCCACUAAUUAGAAUCAUGUACAGUACCCCAGGUCGUUGUCCAGAGAUAACAAGUUUGCUAAUUUAGUUAAGCCUGGAUUAUUGUAAACAGAACAGCUUAGAGAAAGGUAUUCUCGGUCCUUAUAUUGUAUAGUAGUUUAUGAACCCCCUCUCUAAAUAUUGGUAUUUUUAUAUUCCAGAGAUGUACCCAACAGAAAAAUUAAUCAGUAUCUAAUUUAAUAUCCGUAAGUAUUUUCCUUAGAUUUUAGUCAUAAGACAGUGGGUUUUUGUGGAUGUCACCUUGCUUCACCAUACUUUACCACUAGGUGUCACUGUGGCUCUGCACCAGGCUUGUCUGGUAGCAAAGAAUGGCAGCAUCUCUGGAGGAGCGACAUCCAGGCCAACAGACAGGCCC